UUUAAAUAGUAAAAUGAGGUUUGGGUGGGUGCUGAUAAUAGUCUCUCCACAAAUAGUGAUCAGGAGGGCCCCUUUCCAAGCUCUUGCCUAUUCUCCACAAGCAACGGCUGGCCUUACAUUUAUAUACUUAUUUCAUGCAGCCUUUAAGUGACUAGAAUAUGCUGGAAAUGCUGGUUUGAUGGAGUAAUGCACAAAAACAGUUUGCUGCGUAAAAAUAAUGUUGAUUUCAUUUAAAAGUAAGUCAAUGUUAAAGUGCGCAAAUGUUUUUUCCGCCAAGUCAGGCAUAGAGGAGUGAAUGAUGGAGGAAUGAUGGAGUGCAAUACCAUCAUUAGACACAAGGUGGCGACAACCUUCCCCUUAUCGAGAAGCUCUAUAAAUGGCUGGCAUUCCACACACUGCACAUUCCAUAUGCAUUCCAUGAAGUUGGUGACUGGGAUGACUUGUUGCCCGAGGAGAUUCACGUCAUAAACAAAGCUGCAUGUACACCUGAGCAUUGAUUCUCCAGAGUUUUUCUUUUCCUCUAUAUGCAAGAUAUAGUAAACAAUUACUUGUUUAAUAUUUUGUAAGAGAUGUAUCAGAAACAAGAAGACUCCAGAUCCUCGGUGUAAAGCUGUGGGACUUUGGGAUAAGCUACCCAGCCAUGGGGAUGAAACCUGGUUUCAUUCAAGAAACAGCUGGGCGAGAUUCUUGCUUCAAUUCACUACUAUCAGACAGGAUUGAGGGGACGAACUGCCAUCUCCCAUUUGUAAAUGUUUUCAUAUGCUUAUGAAAGUAGAAAGAACAAAAACACUGUAACAGCUGAGGCUGAUCUCUUGUUGCUCAUUUUCUCCUCAGCUUCUCCUGUGGCUCAGGAGUCCUUUUCCGUGUCCUUUUUCUCCUCACUCAAACCCCUUCAGAUAUCUUCAUGCUGUGUAGUACAUUCGAUUAUCAUGUGGCUCAGCAGCAAUGAGGCCACUCUGUUGUUACAAAUAGGAAGGAUAUGAAAUCUUUCUUUGUAAAGGGAAGUUAGUAUCAGGGAACUGCACAGAAAACAACUUUCAAAUUUUACCAGCAAUGAAGCUCCUUGCAAUCAUGGCCGUUCUGUCAGGUGCUCAUUCAAUAAUAGUGCUGAAUUCCAAGGACGUGACUGGCUGGGUUCAUGGCACAGUGACAGUCCAGUGUUCUUAUAGCACCGAAAAUCAACUCAGCAACCAGGUGAAAUACUGGUGUAAAGGACACAAUCUUCUCACUUGUACUAUUUUGGUGAGGACUGAUGACUCUACGACUCAUGACAGGAUUUCCAUCAGUGAUAAUAAGACAGAAGCAAUGGUGUCCAUCACCAUGAAAGAUCUCCAGGAAAGGGAUGAAGGGGAUUACUGGUGUGGGGUGUCCUUACCUGGACCAGAUGAUGCAGAACAAGUUCACAUCAAGGUCAACAGAAGAAAAGAUUCAGGGGCGAAUGAAUCAUCAGAAGAAACAGAAAAAAACACAACUGACCCCAGAGAGACGACGCCUGUGAGCAGUGGGAUUGCAGUGUGGUCUGUUGUCCGCUGGCUCCUGUUCUGUAUGAUGCUGGCUGGCCCAGUGACUGUCACCUGCUGGCAGACUGGCACCAGGCGCACCUGCCCUCCUGCUGCACACACCUGAACACCUGUACCUGAACACAGCCCACACCUGGAAACACGGGACCAUGCUGCCUCAGCUCAGCUUUACACUGGGACUGAAUUCACUCCCAGGACCUGCACACAGCUCAGUGUCUGUUCAAACUGCCUCUCCCUCGUCCUCACUGACUCAACAGCACAGGCCCAGGAGCGAGGCACUGAGAAACAAGAUGCAAUUCUGUCUUUCUAGUGAUUUUCAUCAUCUUUUGUACAGCCUGUGGUAUUUUUAUAUGUCCAUUCUAUGAACCUUAAUUAAUGUCACGUAUUUGCAAAAAAAUUCUGGCUUUGUGAAGAAACUUAAAUCUUAUUUUGAAACUUGUUUAUGUUAUAUAUUAAAAUAAAAAAGUUGCCUAGAG